GAGCCAGGAGAGGCAGUGUGUGCUGCUUAUUACACAAACGGAUGUGCUGAACUGUCCGCAGCAACCAUCAAAAUCAUAAAACCCAAAGACAGUGUCCGGAGCCGUUUAGAGGCGGUGAUCCUGGUGUUUUUGUUACAUGACAGCAGAAGAUUGUUGAGCCGAAGGUGGGAUUCCUCCUUAGAAAUUUAGUCCACCAGGAUGGCUUCUCGUAAAAAGGUGCUCCUGAAGGUUAUCAUUCUCGGGGAUUCAGGCGUUGGAAAGACCUCUCUGAUGAACCAAUAUGUCAAUAAGAAGUUCAGCAAUCAGUAUAAAGCCACAAUCGGUGCAGACUUUCUUACUAAGGAGGUGAUGGUGGAUGACAGGCUGGUGACAAUGCAGAUUUGGGACACAGCAGGACAGGAAAGGUUCCAGUCAUUGGGUGUGGCUUUUUACAGAGGAGCGGACUGCUGCGUGCUGGUGUAUGACGUGACUGCGCCGAACACCUUCAAAACCUUGGACAGCUGGAGGGAUGAGUUCCUCAUUCAGGCCAGCCCUCGAGACCCAGAAAACUUCCCCUUUGUAGUGCUUGGCAACAAGAUUGAUUUGGAGAACAGGCAGGUGACAACAAAACGGGCCCAGGCAUGGUGUCAGAGCAAAAGCAAUAUUCCAUACUUCGAGACCAGCGCAAAAGAGGCCAUCAACGUGGACCAAGCUUUCCAGACCAUCGCUCGCAAUGCCCUCAAACAGGAGUCUGAAGUGGAGACGUACGACUUCCCAGACCAGAUUAAACUGAGAGAUGAUAGACCGGUAUCCUCGGGCGACGGCUGCAGCUGCUGAAAUGGGACACAGAGACAGAGGGGACCAGAGAUGCAGGGAGAGGCCAAGGCACGAGGUGGACCGAUCCCUCCAAUGCAGAACAUUCAGCAUUCAAACGAAAAGAAAAAAAGAAAAAACUUUUUCCAAACUUCUCUUAAAAGAACUGUCUAGGAAUUUAAAGAAACUGCAUCCAUUUUAAUAUAACUACUUAAAGAUUAUUAUUUCUAUGAGAAAGAUGAAACCUGAUAGUUAUUCUAUUAUUUACAAAUGAUUGUUUUUCUUUUUUGCUUCAUUUCUUCAGAUUAGACUUUCAUAGUCACUCCAUCUUACAUGUCUGUCUGUUAUUAGCGUGCCUUUAAUUUGUCGUUUGUAGAGGCCAUUGCGGUCACGGUUCCAUGUCAUUUCUUUGUUUGCCAAAUGUUUAGCUUGUUAAAUAUAAGUUAAACUUAAUCAAAAAUGAUACGCACGGACAGUAUAAACAGCCCAAUAUGAGUAAUGUGCUCAGACUCAACAUGUCACUGUCAAAACCCUCCACAUUAUUCAAGAGUUUAUCAGCUGCCAAGGCUGGAAGUAAACAUUUGUGCCUGAAGACACCCUGAUUAACCGCCUGUACAUAGUACCGCUCAAUGGUAGUUGGAUGCCUUGGUGGUGGUGUCAUAUGAAAGUUUUGGGGAUCUUGAUGAUGAGAUCUGAAGUAUUAUGUGCAAUCAUUUUAGUCAUAGUAGCAAUGCAAUAAAUGUUUUUCAUUCAGAAUAAAUGUUCCUUAGUUUUAAUGAAUUAAUGUAAUAAAUUGUCUAAUUCCUGUGCAAGCAUUUCUUUACCUCAUGCUUUUUAAAUACUUGCUCUACAUUAUAUAUAGCCUUGAAAAUAGCAGUAGAUACAUUUCUAAGGGGCUCAUCUCUUUGACCAAAUUGUGGAUAUGAUGAUCUAGGCUGAAAAAAUCUGAAUGCACAAAUGAACAGACGAAAUGAGAAGGACAGCUGAGAACCCAGUCUCAACAUCCUCUUCGACCAUCUGAUUUUAUUAAUGUGUUUAUUUCUAUGAACCAGUAUUGUAGACCAUUUUGAUUUGAAAAUGUGUACUUGAUGUCUACCAACAGAAACACCUUUCCUUUCAUAGGACAGUGUUAAAUCAUCUCUUGGUAUUGUUUUCUGCACAAUGCUCCAUUAAUAAAUCUUUAUUCAAA